CAAAUUACUCUUCAUUGAGCAGACCUAUGACCAAAGGCGCUCCAGCCACAAUCAUCGCCACUUUCAUUUCAUGUACGUCGUCCAAAAUGUAUUUUUUUAAAAGGAAAUUUGGCUGUUAUUUCUACUAUAUUUGACUGCAUAGAGACUCUCGCAUAGACUGGUAAUAGUCUAUGAAAUAGGCCGAGAAAGACCGAUUGACCAAACAAGGGAGAGAUAGCGAGUGAGGGAAAGAAAAUAUAGAAGAGAAGUAAGAAUAUUCCUUAGAGAGGUGCAGUGAGUGAAAGAAAAGCGAAAAACAAUUACGAACAGAGAGGAAGAGUGAAAAGAAAGAAAGAGAGACGAGUGAGAAAUUACACUGUAUGAGGGAUAGGAAGAGGAAGGGCAAAGUGCAAACCACAAUUUGAGAGGAAGAGGGAGAGGGAAAACACUAAGAAAUAAAGAGAAAGGGGCAGAAUAAGAGAAAGAGGCAGAAUAAGAGAAAGAGUGUGAUAAAGGUGUGAGUGUGUUGCGUUCAGGCGCUUACCUGGUUAGACAGGAGACAUUUACUCAGGAUCUCUUACAUAUGUUGUACAGACUUUCUUCUACCCAGCAAUGAACUGCAGGAUUAUGGAGCUUUGUGGUGUUGAAUAUGUUGCCCUUGGGUUGAAAUGUCCAAAUUGGUGCAUAUUUCUGGCAAUGGUUGAUGAUAAUAGUGUAGAGUAGCUGGCGACUUACAAUGUCUCACAUUAUCCCGAUGGUAUCAGGUUCUCCGCCACCUCUUGAUGAUAUUACUUGGAAUGAUGAAGAAGACGAUGAAGAUGACUUUGGUAAUUUCACCGGUGUUGCAGACAAUGUCAAAAGCCCUUCCUCUGACAGAGGGUUGUAUUUGGAUGAUACUGUUGAGUUUGAUGCCUUUAAAGACAUACACUUCAACACCAUAGAUGGGGACAUUGUAAAUAAAGAUCUUUCAUCAGCAUCAGCUACCAGUGAACGACCCAUUCUUCAGAACCUCAACUUGUUCCCAGACAAGCCCCCUCACAUUGAGCUUAGUGAAAAAGCCUUCAGUAAUGGAGAAGAUAUGCAAACAGCAUCAAAUGUUGCUGAGUUUGAAAAUAUUAGUUGUGAUACUAAGACAUUGGGCUAUUUGUCCAACCUUGAUGGCAGUCGAGGUCGAGACUCUAUGACUGAUUCUGGUCACUGUAGUACUGAUAUCUCACCUGUUCCAAAGUCGGAUGAAAGUCCAGAUUCCUGUGAUAAAAGUACCUCUUCUGAACUUGAAGAUAACUUCAAUGGUGAAGUAGGUGAGAAAGGGAAUUGUCAAUUGUUCUGUAAUCUCUCUGAGAUCAAUACAGACCAGCUGACUGGUAGAGCUGAUAGCUCUGGUUGUGAUAAAGAUAAACGUUUUAUCAACACCACCACCUCUAAUAAUACUAACACUACCACCACUACUAACACAGACAUUGACCACAGUACAUCCCAAACAGAUCCACAGAACCCAAAUAAAGACAUUUCUUCACAUGAACAAUCUUCGUUUAGUACAAACACCAUGAAUCAACAAACUGAUAAAUCUGGUGAUUCACCAUCACCACCACCACAACCACCACCACUACCACCACCUCCACCAUCCUCCUCCUCUUCUUCCUCAUCAUCAUCAUCACCAUCAUUAUCAACAUCACUUCCUUCUCCUAACUGUCCUCCUCUCCCUCUAACUACUACAGCACCAGAUUCUGCUGCUAUUUCCCAAUCUGAAUUUACAGCUGGAACCAAUGAAGCUGUGAGUUCAAAUCUAUCCAACACUUGUUUGUCAGGCAUGUUUGAUGAUGAUUCUGAUGACUGGGCAGACUUCUCGUUUGCUGUCACAUCGAAUCCACCUCCUCUACCACCUCAGGGCAAUAACACUUGCAGCAGUUUCCAGGUCUCUGAAAACCUGUUCUCCCCGUCCACACCGUCUUUUGAAGAGUCGUCUACACGAGCUGAAAAUGAAGAAUUUGCAUCAGAAAGCAUUGAAAAUGAAUUAGCAGCAGGUGAAGACACCCUAAAAGACAUUUCUGAAGAGAUUCAGAGUUCUUCAUCCAUUCAAUUUGACUCAAAUUCUAGAAACCCUAAUUCUUCACCAGAUAUACGGAGUGAAAUAGAUUUACCGAGUCUUGAUGAGAGUUCAAUAGACUAUGACGAUUUGGUUCAGAACUGUGAGUCUCGCAGUAACGACAGUCUAGAUGGGAGCUAUUCCAUUUCGGAUCAGGUCCGGACAGUUGAACUGAAAUAUUCCACAGAGGAGAACCAAGAAUCAGACGAUGAUUAUGGUGCUUUUCCAGGAACAGGUACUAAUUCAGCUUCAGAUAAUUUUGUGCCCAGAACAUCAAACAGUGAUUCAAUAACUAGUCAAACUAAGUCUGAAGAGGAUGAGUUUGGUGAUUUCAAUAAGUUCAAUCGAGCUGUUGCAGAAAGUGAAGACGAGUGGGCUGAUUUUGAAGCUGCCACUUCACCUUUUUCUGUGGACAUCCAAGUGCCAACAGAGUCGGCUGUGUCUGACAAGUUGAAAGAGGAAGAGGAAUCCUCUUGGUGUAGUUUUGAUGCUAACGUCCAAUCACAUUCCAGUCAUGAAAUUGACAGUGGCCAAUGGGCACAGUUUUCUGAAAGUUCCUCACUCAGCCAUAAUGAUCAGGAGCUUCCAGAUGCUUCACAGCAACAGCUACCAAGUUUUUUCCCACUUGACCCACUACAUUCCAAUGUAAAUAUUUCUCAAACUAUAGUCUCAGUUAUGAAUAAUACUUUCCCUAAAGUGGCACCAAUCUCAGUUUCCUGUAAAUUACUAGAGAAUGCUCUGCUUCAGGAUGUUAUUCUUCAGGAUGUUACGAUGAAGAAAACUGCAGGCACACAAAAGAAAGCCGGAACAAGUGCUUACACAUCUAGUUGCUGUAUAUGGAAACAGCUAUUGGAUGUUGAUGUCACAGAUGCUCUGACCUAUAACUUCACUGAUUCCAAAGGCAGCAACAGGUUGUUUAAAACUUUGCGGAUAGAUUCCAGAAAAAUUUUGGUGACUCACAAGAAGCCAGGCGUUCCAAUAUUUGCAGCGAACUUAGGUUUAUUGGAACCCAGCAAAGUAAUUAGUGGUGAGCUUAUGAAACCUUCAUCCAAUCUGGUGCCAUCGUUGCCGCAGGAAACUCUCAUAGACACCAACCGUACGGAUCAGUGUGAUUCCCUCAGACAGGUUGAUAUUCCACCUGUGCAGUUUGACUGGACUGGUAGUGGUCUUACUAAUCCAUUAGAGCAAUCGGCAGCAUCGGCAAAUACUUUGGACUUGGACUUCCUUGUGGUGAAAGACUCUCCUGAAACUACGAUAUCAAAAACUGGAGAUGACCUGGACUGGGUGUUUGAGUCCGAACUGCUAGGUGGCCCUUUGAAGCCAUUACCUUCUUUCAAGCCAAUGCAGCCCCUUGAGGACAUGUUAGCCAACACCAAGUCGACGACCGUGAAGAGAGGACACACAUCAGAUGAGCACUUGAGUCAGGAAGCUACUGUAAUACUGCAGACUCUUCCUGAUUUGUCUUUCAUGCACGCUAAAGUUUUGAUGUUUCCAGUACGUCAGACUAACUAAAAGCAACAAAAAAAAAAGACCCAAACAAUAAAAGAAAAAUAACAAAACAAGAAGAAAACAAAAGCAGCACAGAAAAUGGAGGUAGGGUCUUGUAUAAUGACACACCUUCUUCUCGACAAACCGUUGGUAGUUUCUGCGGUUUAAGGCAACUGAGAUAUAUCAAUGUUGAUUUGGUGUUUAUUUCUCUUGUACAACCAGGCUGAAAGUACUUUUCUGUUAAAAGUUUGUUUCAUUGAAAAUUUAACCAGUUCGUAGGGGAGGGGAAGAACCUUUGAAAAGAGUGUGAGGGAUUAACCUCAAAGGUUGAAGGCUUCCUUAUUGAACUUCUUUCUCUUGCUGAUAUGUUGAGCAAUGAAACUUUGAUAAAUCUUGUAGAUAAGGAAAAAAAAUACCAAAAUCCUUGAAAGAAACUGAAUAAAAAAAACUAAAAUGGUAU